UUUCAUCAUCUGGUAACACUGCGCUAAAACGAAAACAAAAUAACAAAACACAACAAAGUCAAUACGUUGGAAAAAAGGCAAUUUAUUUUGGGGAUUAUUAAGCUGGGCCUGUUUGCCCGCGCCUUCAGCAUGGCGUGGCGUUCCGUGGGAGCCAAUAAUGAGGACCUCAUUCGUCAACUGAAGGAUCACGGCGUCAUAGCAAGUGAUGGGGUGGCCAAGGCGAUGGCGGAAACCGACCGCAAGCACUACUCCCCGCGGAAUCCCUACACGGACGCCCCGCAACCCAUCGGAGGUGGUGUAACCAUCAGUGCUCCUCAUAUGCAUGCCUUCGCCUUGGAGUAUCUACGCGACCACCUGAAGCCUGGUGCACAUGUGCUGGACGUGGGCUCUGGAUCGGGAUACCUCACGGCUUGCUUUUAUCGUUAUAUCAAGGCUAAGGGCACCGAUGCGGAGACCCGUAUCGUGGGCAUAGAGCACCAGGCGGAUCUGGUGAAAAUUAGUAAGGCCAACUUAAACACCGACGACCGUGGCAUGCUCGAGUCGGGUCACUUGCUGAUUGUCGAGGGCGACGGGCGCAAGGGAUACCCAGAUAGUGCCCCCUAUAACGCCAUUCAUGUGGGAGCAGCUGCUCCGGACACGCCCACCGAACUGAUAAACCAACUGGCCAAUGGCGGACGUCUCAUAGUGCCCGUGGGGCCCGACGGAGGCUCUCAGUAUAUGCAACAGUACGACAAGGACGCAAAUGGAAAGGUGCAGAUGACACGUCUAAUGGGCGUGAUGUACGUGCCCCUUACGGAUCUACGCUCCUGACUGCACCGAGUGGGAAGGUCCCUAGUUGUGGUACUGCUGCUCGGCUUUGUUCUCUACCAAAUUUGGGCAUACGUUCGAUAGUAUUAAUUAUCCAAAUGAAAUUGAAAUGCUUGUUUUCACGUUGAGUCCAAUUAAAUAAAUUUCCUGAACAAGAGCUUCUUUGUUCUAA